UUUUAAAUUUAUUUAAAACACAUAAGAAAACCUUGGAUCUCAUUUGCACAAAGGCAAAAAACAUGGAUUGUCAAAAACCAUCUGUUAGGACUAUUCAGUGCAUGGGUUUCUAAGAAGUACAUUGUGCUAUUUAAAGAAUUCUUUUUUUGUCAUUAAAUUCUGUAUGGGACCUGGAAAGGAAAUAUUUUUUUUUCUGGAAUCUAAAGCAAAGGUAUUAUAAGGUCCUCACAGUGGUAUGUACCUGUACUUACUUCAAUCCCAAAAAGUGACUAUGUGCAAGCUUCAAAUAAGGAAAAUCUCUCUUAGAAUUCAAGGGCAAAAUUAUGGAGAUUCUCUAUUGACCCUCUUUGUUACUAAGUUCCUUUUACAACUGGUGUUGUGUGACAAACAGCUGUUAAGAACCACAGGUGCACUGAAAUGGGAAGAAAAUGAUCCAGCUGAAACUUUGAUAAACAAGGUUGCCCAUUCCAGACUCCACAAUCCACUUCGGCUAUUUGUUAAGCAAUCUGCUCUCCCAAGGCAAAAUCAGCUGUCGUAUUUUGAUAACGUUGAUAAUUUUUGGAGUUGGUUGUCUAAUAUUAGUGAUGUUCAAGAAUCCCUUGUGCGAACUAAACGCAGACCUAUAGUUAAAACAGGAAAAUUUAAAAAGAUGUUUGGAUGGGGAGAUUUUCAUUCAAAUAUUAAAACUGUGAAACUGAAUCUUCUCAUCACAGGAAAAAUUGUUGACCAUGGCAAUGGAACAUUCAGUGUGUAUUUUCGUCAUAAUUCAACAGGACUCGGAAAUGUCUCUGUAAGUCUUGUGCCUCCCUCCAAGGUGGUAGAAUUUGAAACUUCAGCUCAAUCAACUCUGGAGAAUAAGGAUUCCAAGUCUUUUAACUGUCGCAUCGAGUAUGAAAAAACAGACAGAGCAAAGAAGACUGCUUUGUGCAACUUUGAUCCCUCAAAGAUAUGUUAUCAUGAGCAAACCCAGAGUCAUGUGUCCUGGUUGUGCUCAAAACCAUUUAAAGUCAUUUGUAUUUAUAUUGCUUUUUUCAGUAUAGAUUACAAACUUGUACAAAAAGUCUGCCCUGAUUAUAAUUACCAUAGUGAAACUCCAUAUCUGUCCACUGGUUGAGAAGUUUAUAUUCCAGAAACCCAACAUUGACUGGAAUGAGCUUUCUUUGCACUUCUGCAAAGGACGUUUUUUAUUAUCAAAUGGAACAUAAAUGUGACAGUGUUACAAUUGCAUACUGUAUUUUAAUUUAACAAUGUUCAGAUAUUUCAGUAAUUUUGAAGUAAUGUAAUCAAAAUCAACUAUCAGGGAUUACUGAUGCAUAAGAAAGAGGAGUAAGUCUUAUGCAUGAUAUAAGCAUCACUCUUGUGCAUUACUCAGUAUGAGAAAAACCUUAUGAAUAACAGAAAAAGGAUAUAAUCAUUUUGUAAACAGAAAAGUGGUAAAAUGCAAUGGCAAAGGAAACCCAUCAACAUGGUUUACAGAAUAUAUGUUUUGAACACAGCCAGGUGCACAUGAAAAUGGAACUUGGUUUAACAUGUUUCUAAAAUGUACUACAAAAAUCUCUUUUAGAGAUUAGUUUUUAUUUACAUUUUAUUUUGUAUAUACAUUUAAGAAACAUUAUCAUUUAAUUAAGUAACAAACAACCCCUGAAAUGAGUGAUUUGCUUUGUUUAGGCUAGGUUUACUGCUUUGAUACCACAAAUGAGUGUGAUAUUUUAUUAUUAGAAAACAUCAGGUUAAUAUUAUGUGGUACAAUGAAAAGUAAUAUGAGAUACAGAGUAUGGAAGCAACUUGAAACCAUUCUUAUUGCAUGUUUAAUAGCUCAUUUAUGUUUGGAAACAUCACAUCUAAAGUUAUGUAGCAUAGCACAGGCGUAUUAAAGAUGUUCAAGGUAUUAGAUUAGUUGAGAUAUCUUUACUAUUUUGGUGACAUUAAUAAAAAUCUAUUGCUUUUAAA